AUGCAUCGCACACCCCUAGCCGAAACUCCUGGCCGUAAGCUAUCAAAACGGCCCACAGAAACACCAGGAUUAGAAAGUACACAGACCUUCUCCCCACCACCUGCUUACAACCCUUACGAUGAUCCUCAACAGUACAACAAUAUGCCUGCAUACCCUCCCAAUCAAUUCGGUCCUGGUCCUGGUUCAGACUAUGGCCCUGGAGGUUCAAUAAUGGGCUCCGCAGGCCACGGCCCUGGAGGUGUAGCAAUGGGCCCUGCAGGCUAUGGCCCCGGAGGUCCAGCAAUGGGUGCCGCAGGAUAUGGUCCUGCAGGUCCAGCCAUGGGUCCUCAAGACUAUGGCCCCAGAGGUCCCAAUAUGAUGCCAACUCAGCUGUUUAGUGAUCCUCUGGUGGCUAAUGUAGCCAUGAGCUAUGGGAGCAAGAUUGUUGACUCAGGCAAAGAGAUUGUUGAUCGGGAAAUCAACAAAUAUGUGCCUGUAUCAACACUAAAGUAUUAUUUUGCCGUGGAUACCAAUUAUGUCAUGCGAAAGCUGAAACUUCUUUUCUUCCCUUUCACUCACAAUAAUAUAAUAACAUUCAAAUCAAUCACAAUGUUAUCCUUAUGGAAGGAACUUUGAGGGCAGCCCACGCCCUUAAAAAUAUAUAUUUCAAAAAUCUAAAGCCAGUUUGCACAUCUACACACCUAGACGAACAUUUUGGUGUAUAAUAUGUGGGGUUAAA